CCUCAAUUGAAAUUUGCGACGAACAGUGAAACAACAAUUUUAGUACCAAGUCACUCUAGCUACUCCAGUAGUCAAUUGAUUCAGUCUUUCGCCACACUUUCUUAAUAAUAAUUUCAGGUAACUUUUGAUUCAUAAGCAACAUAAAUCAGGAUGUUGAUUAAAGUCAAGACGCUCACCGGUAAGGAGAUCGAAAUUGACAUUGAGCCGACAGACAAGGUGGAACGGAUUAAAGAAAGGGUGGAGGAGAAAGAGGGGAUCCCUCCCCAGCAACAGAGGCUGAUCUACAGUGGUAAACAAAUGAACGAUGAGAAGACAGCAGCAGACUACAAGAUCCAGGGGGGCUCAGUUCUACAUCUGGUCCUCGCCCUCAGAGGAGGGGAAGUCCUCCACAGCCCCAGGAGCCUCCAAUCUGCCUUGUAAACCACCAACACCGCCUUAAUAACCCCCCCCCCCCCCCCCCAUGCACAGAUCCAAGUGAUCCUGGUGACCCAUCCCUCCCUGUGCUGAAUUGGGUCACUAUGACGACUGUAGGUGCUCUGCUCAGGCCUGGGUCAAACACGGCUCAGAAUUAUUAUUAUCAAGCACUUUGUGUGCAAUUGAUUUCAACAAAGAACCAUGGAACCAUUAAAUACAACUUUGAGGUCAAACCAACCAACAAGUAUUUGACUUAUAUCUUUCCCAGCUCUGACUCUGUCUGAGAGGUGACUGUUUAUCUUAAGUCUGAAUCUUGAACCCCGGCUAGGCUCAUUGUUAAAUCACCAGAAAUGCUGUUUUCAUAUGAAUACUCUAGUCUAGACACACACAUUUUGUUUCCUGAUUGUGUGUUUUCCAUGUGGAUUGUUAUGUUUUUGUCUGAAGUGUUGUCAUGUUAGACUCGGACGGUCCCAUCCCUGAAGAAGCAUCAGAUGACUGCUGAUAUUACGUUUACAAACGUGCGGGAAAGUUUGAGAAGUUAUUCAUUUUGGUAGAUUGCUAUGUCAUGGUUUUGUUUGUCAUUAAAAUAAAUUGCGUUACUA